AUGAUGAAGACGAAGGAUGGGGGCAGCAAAAUUAAACGCUGGCAAGUAAGCAAAAAACCGAAGGCCGAAAACAGUCAUCAAUAUUUCCAUCUCCAUCCGCAUCUGCAUCACCGGAGGAAGCAGGAAAUGGAGGAGGAACCCAUCAGAGAAGCUUCAAAAGAGGUCUGUAGAGAGUUCGAAACCCUAAUUGAUGAGCGAGAUCUGGAUUCACUCAAGCAAGUGCAGCUUCUCAUAUUGGGAAGGUUGCAGGACAGCAACGCAGUGCUGUCUCAUUUUAAUGAAUUUUCAGAGAAUUGUUUCGCAGAGGUUUCUGCUGAUUUUUCAAGAAACACGCGUCUCUUAAAAUCUAUGAAGUCUGAUCUUGAUUACGUCUUUCAAAAGCUAAGGAGCAUGAAAGCCAAAAUUUUGGCAACUUAUCCAGAUGCUUUUCCAGAUGGAUCCGCAAAAGAAGUGCUUGACCGGAGACCAGACCUUGAAAUGCCUUGAUAACCUUACUGUAUGCUUUCAUAUCCUUGUCCAUACUCCUCAAUGUAGACUGAAAAUUGCCCCUGCUAAUGUGCCAUCCAUUAUAAGAUGUUUGGGAUUUUUCGUGUGCCAUGUAUGAGAAGUUUUUCUUUAUUAUUAGCUGUGUUUGUACAGAAACGAUAAGGAAAAUGAAAAGGGCGAGUACGAACAUAUUAUUUUUGUGUAGAUCCCCUUCCUUCAUGACCGAAAAUACUCAAAUGGAAUCAUCAGGUUGCGUAAGCAUAGUAUUUCCAUUA